AUGUCUGAGCGAAUUCUGACCGACCUUCCGCUUGAGAUCUUCUGGCUCAUUGUGAAGGGCCCUGAGUUCAACAAAGACAUCAAAGCUCUAACGCAAGUCAACCGAGGUCUUUACGCUCUCCUCAACCCAUACCUGUACCGAAUCAAUGUCGAAAACUAUGAUAAUCCUGCCAUUGCUUGGGGCGCCUACCACGGCCAAGAAGAAACCGUUCGAAAGGCCCUGAAGCAGGGUGCCCGGACAUGGUCUACCUAUGGCGAAGGUAGCUUACCAGAGCCGAUUACUAUUGCAGCACUACGUGGUCACGCAAAUAUUGUCAAGCUUCUCCUCGACCAUGGAGUCGACCCGAUGUCCUCCUGGCCAAAUGACGAUGACGGUAAAGAGACAGGGUUACGGAUGGCAAGGUUCCGGAUGGAUUUUGAUAAUUACACUGAGUUGUAUCCAAUCCGAGACUGGCCUCCCUGGACAGCGGCGCUUGCCAAGGACAAUGCAGAAGUGCUACAAGUCUUGAUUGAGAAGAGUGGAUUCGUGCCGCGCCCCUGGGAUUUUUUUGAAACCGUCAGCGAAGGCUAUUAUGAGACCCUGAAAGUUCUUGUGAAAGCUUGUCCUAAAUGGGAAGAUCUUGCUCGAUCCAACUACAGCACUAUAUUGGGAAAGGCAAUCAGUGUAUCACCGCAUAACCUCGAUAUCACUCGCUUCCUUGUCGAUUCAGGAUCCCCAAUCAACCACAUAGACUACAAUCAACAAACCCCGUUGGCCGCAGCCGCAGAAAUCGGGAACAUCGAGACAGUUCGAUUUUUGCUGGACCGAGGAGCCGAUCCCGAUCCCGAAACCCCACUGUGGCCGCUGAGGCUUGCCGCAGAACAAGGAAAUACCAAGAUUGCAGAACUACUGUUGGAAAAGAUUGACGUCCAAAGCAAAAUUACUGGUGGCAGAGAUGACCAGUUUUGGCUACUUUACUCGGCGGCGGCCUGUGGGUUUGAGAAGAUUGUGCGAGCUUGCUUGGAUGCUGGGUGCAAUCCAAAUAACAGGCUGUACAUUGAUUAUUGUCCUUUCAGCGUGGAUGCUACAAACCAAGUAUCUGACGGCGGGUAUAAUUUAACGCCGCUAGAAUGGGCCCGUGGGAGAGGCCACUCUGAAGUUAUGCGUCUGCUCGAGAAUGUUGGAAGCUCCAACAGGGCAAAAAUUGCAGAUUCGACCGCCUCAUGA